CAGACUCUUGUCUGCCCAAUCCGACACUGCCUUCACGACGACUGAGAGCCACAUACAUCCGAGGGCAAUCAUCUGCAACCGCUUUGUUAGCGAAAGUGCACUAGUCGUAGGACUGGUUGCCAACUCUUCUCUACCAUGGACAACGCCAAGUGCAACGUCAUCUAUGUUGAUCGUAACGUGCGCAACACCACAAAGCUAACGACGGCUUCGACGACAUCAGAUUUGGACGCAACACUAGGCGAGUCCGGCGAGCUUCGAGCGAAUCUUUCACUGCUCAUAAAUGCUUUCGGCGAGGUCCAUGUUUCUGCCACUGGUGCCGCCUGUGUCGAGAGACUACUUAAUUUGCACGACACUUCCAGUAUUGAGCUCAAGCCGACGCUCGUACUCAUUGAAACGCCUCGGAAUGACCCGAACGCAGAAUCCGACGAUGCGUCAAGGGACCCGUCGCCUCACUCGAGAGGCUCAUCUAAUGCGACACAAGAUACUUCUGACAAUGGCAUAUAUGGUUUGCGCUUGCUGGAGAAGCUUGUAUAUGAGACACACUCACGAAAUCUGACCAAGCUGGUCGUGCCCAUUCCGGUUGUCACUUUUCCUCUGCUGCAGGGCUCACCCCGACUCGAUGGCUCAGACGGCCAAUUCAACCAGGCCCAAUACACUGAAUAUCUAAAUCAAGAGGUCGACCCGACCGGGAAAUCCAUGACUAGCAGGGCACUCCUGAGGAAAUGUCUCGACUCAGGUGCCGUCGAUGUGCUAGCUAGUCCUAUACAUGUGAAAGCGUUGACAACGCUUGAGGUCCAUGCUUACCGAGCGCAUAAGGAGGCUCUGAGGGAACAGCAGGCUUUAUUGGAGAUCAGGCGAGGCCGCAAACGCUCGUGGGUCGGCGUCAACGACGAGCAGCCUUUCGCAUAUCUUCGCGAAGCCAUGGUGUCGAGUCUUAUGGGCGGCAUCUGCCGAUCGGGAGAUGAUAGUGAUGUGUUGAUUGGAAGCGUCAGGAUAUCUGUGUCCUCAGAGCAGAAGGCGGGUAUUACCGAGGCCAUUGGGAAAUGGCACUUCUGUGCUCACGAAUUUAACGACGAUCAGCUGCUCAUCGCUGCGAGUCUCAUCUUCAAGCAUGCCUUGGCCAUGCCCGAACUGGAACCGUGGCGGAUACCAACAAAUCAAUUGACCAAGUUCCUGGUCUCAUGCCGCGCUGCUUACAACACAUUCGUUCCAUAUCACAACUUCCGCCACGCAGUAGAUGUGCUUCAAGCAACGUUCAGUUUCCUCUUGAAUAUGGGGGCCUUGCCGCCUUAUCCAGUUGACGCAGGCGAUCAUGUCACACAUGCCAAGACUCCCAUGGGGGCUCUGAUGAAGCCAUUCGACGCCUUAACCCUGCUAAUCAGUGCUAUCGGCCAUGAUGUAGGCCAUCCGGGAGUAAACAAUGGCUUUUUAGUUACCCUUAAUGCCCCGUUGGCACAGCUUUACAACGAUCGAUCCGUGUUAGAAUCAUUUCAUUGUGCUGCCUAUUCACAAAUCCUGCGCAGAUACUGGCCCAGAGCUUUCGAGAACACAAAGAUGAGGAACCUCAUGAUUAGCUCGAUUCUCGCGACGGACAUGGGACUACAUUUUGAUUAUAUGGGCAAACUGGCCAUCCUGCAGAAAAAGCUGGAAGAGAAUAAUUCUACCGAUGACUGGAGUGGCAAAGCUAUCGAGGUUGAGACAGCCCUGAUAUGCGCACUGCUGAUCAAAUGUGCUGACAUCAGCAACGUCGUAAGUCAAAUGCAGUACAUCAUAUCAAACCGUUUGCUGAUUGAUUUACAGGCACGAAGAUACGAUGCAGCGUUAAAAUGGAUGCACAUCCUCUGCGACGAAUUCUCACGACAAGCGUCUAUGGAAAAUGAAAUUGGCAUCACUUCUUCGCUGAUCGCCGAACCGAAGAAAGAUUUCCUCUCACUUGCCAAGGCACAGCUGGGAUUUAUGAACUUGUUCGCGAUCCCGCUCUUCCAAGGAGUUGCGGAUAUAUUACCCUGCAUGCAGUACACUGUUGAUGAACUUGAGAGCAACAAGGCUCUUUUUGAGAAGGCGAUAGUGGACUUCCCUACCAUGGAUGAGCAAAGAAGGAACGUUCUGCAGGAAGGGUCUGUGUCACCGCAUUCAAUGGAAACAGCUGCCAUUGCUCCAGAUUCCAGGGAUUCAUCGUCGGGUACAACACUAGAUGCAUCGAUUCCGAUGGCCAUCGAAAUGCCACAGAACCAUGCCGAAAUGAAGAAAGCCGCCUCUUCGCCUCCUGGGCAGCCACAGCAGAUUCCCAACAUCGCCGGUGAGUACAAGGAAGUCAAUGGCGAUUCCGACGCGUUUGAUCAUGUCGCACGGUUUGCGGCCAGCGACCCCUUCUCAAUUGCAGACGACAGCGAGAACACGGUGAUUGGUCAUAAUGGGAAGCAGCGUUGUAGUGAAACGACCGAUGGCAGCAAUUCGGCACCGUACUCGGGCGACUGGGCGUCUCAGGCAACGAGUGCCACGACGGGGAAGAUGCCACUAUCUCCAAGCACUCAAGGCACUAGCAUCAUCAGUCAGGAGUCUGUGGAGCGUCCUUCUAGUAGCGUACCCGUCACCAUGGUCACGGCGCCAGAGCCGGAUCAAUUGGAUAUUCCAUUGCCCCCCAUGGAGCCUGUCAGUUCGUACGAGGAGCACUCUAAUGAUAGCACACUCAAGCUAGACGGUUCACCUAGAUCCGGGAGGUCGCCAAGUUCUAACAAGUCGUUGAGAAAGAAGCCUAGUCGGUUUAGGAUGACCGCGAUGAAACUUUUCAGGCGCGACAAACGAGAUCAUUCGCCUUCUGGCGAAAAUGGUGGUUGAAAGAUGCAUAAAGUGCCAACAUAUCAAAUCCCAUUUCUACUUUUAUUUUUUUAACGUGACGCACAGACUCAACAAUUGAGCGUGCUAUUAUCACUGCUCAGGAGGUUAUCAACCACUAUGGGAUAACCAUGAGUUCGCAAGCCGGAAUGUGCUUGCUGAUACAUAUAUAGUGUAUAUUAUGGCUAGCGGGAACCCACAUUUCUCUCGGAGGCUCUGUACGAUUGGGAUGUUGUACCCUUGAGCGAGACGACGAAAAUCUAAUUUUGCGUCAAAGAGACAACAGCAGAGCAAGUAGAGAUGGACACUCGUGGUGUACUGCUUCAAGCAGCGGAUAUAUACCACGAUGGUGGAGUUAGUGAUUCAUGAGUUGAUGAUACCAUAGGGCUUGGAAGGCUAAGGACGAAUAUCAAACGAAGAACAUUGAUUGCCUCAACCAAAGAUCUCGAAGCACGGCUUAUUUGUGAAUGGUGUC